AUUUCUUGAAAGUGGAGUUUUGCUGUUGAAAGUGGCGUUUUGAAAAUCGCGGAAAAUUGUAGAUUUUGGGCUUUUCCGAGCGAGGAAAAAUCGCCGAUCGCUUGCGGUCCAUGGUUGCCAUUCUUCGUCUACGCAGUUGUGCAAGCAGCGAAUUUAAAGAAAAAAUCCACCGGAUCGAUUCCAAUGCGGUAUCACUACUCGCGCCAUCUUCAGGCCUGUGCGUAAGUAACAAUAGACUAUCUUACUAUUCAACAAUGGAGUGUUGCUUGUCUGAAGAAGCCAAGGAACAGAAGCGAAUCAAUCAGGAGAUUGAACGCCAGUUGCGACGAGACAAGCGCGAUGCGAGACGUGAACUUAAAUUACUAUUGCUUGGUACCGGCGAAUCUGGAAAAUCGACAUUUAUCAAACAAAUGCGUAUUAUUCACGGUAGCGGAUAUUCGGAUGAGGAUAAACGCGGCUUUAUCAAGUUAGUUUAUCAAAACAUUUUCAUGGCGAUGCAGUCGAUGAUACGGGCAAUGGAUUUGUUGAAAAUUUUAUACAGUGAUCCAGCAAACAUCGAACAUGCUGAAUUGAUACGAAGUGUAGACUUUGAAACAGUUACCACAUUUGAACCACCAUACGUUCAAGCCAUCAAAGAUUUGUGGGCUGACGCAGGCAUUCAAGAGUGUUAUGACCGAAGGAGAGAAUAUCAACUAACAGAUUCAGCUAAAUAUUACCUAAUGGAGAUCGAUCGUGUUGCUGCAACAAACUAUCUUCCAACGGAGCAGGACAUUCUAAGAGUGCGUGUACCUACGACCGGAAUAAUCGAGUAUCCCUUCGAUCUGGAAGAAAUUCGGUUUAGUUACCUUAGCGAUAUGGAGCGUAUCGAAAAAGAAGACUUUCUUCCAACCGAACAAGAUAUUCUCAGAGCUAGGGCACCGACAACGGGUAUUUUAGAGUACCCAUUCGAUUUGGAUAGCAUCAUUUUUAGAAUGGUGGACGUCGGAGGACAAAGAUCUGAGAGAAGAAAAUGGAUCCAUUGUUUUGAAAAUGUGACAUCUAUAAUUUUUCUGGUUGCUCUUUCUGAAUACGAUCAAAUUCUCUUUGAAUCGGAGAAUGAGAACCGGAUGGAAGAAUCUAAAGCUUUAUUCAAGACCAUUAUUACGUACCCUUGGUUUCAACAUUCUUCAGUCAUCCUGUUUUUGAACAAAAAAGAUUUACUGGAGGAAAAAAUUAUGUAUUCUCAUUUGGUGGAUUACUUUCCAGAGUACGAUGGACCACAGAGAGAUGCAAUAGCUGCCAGAGAAUUUAUCCUCCGCAUGUUUGUAGAUUUAAAUCCCGACUCGGAAAAAAUUAUUUACUCGCAUUUCACAUGUGCAACAGACACAGAAAACAUACGCUUUGUGUUCGCCGCUGUCAAGGAUACGAUACUGCAAUCGAACCUUAAGGAAUACAAUCUUGUUUGAAUGGAGUUUGUAUGAUAGUUAUUAUCAAGAUAAUUGGCACCGAGAACCUAUUUUGGUUGGCACUCAAAGAAGAUGGUAUGGUUAACAUCUGCGGUGCCAUUCUACUAUCAUCGUAGCAUUUAUGAUACACAAUGCAGACAAAAGAGAACACAAUGAUGCGUAACACAUGCAACAUCUUCAACAGAUCUGCAAGCUCUUCACAUGAGGUAUCUCCCUGCUCCAUGAGGAGAUAGCAGUCAUCAGCAACAUUCAACAGAAGAAAUAGUAGCUUUCGGAUAAAAAUUAUAAUUGUUGGCUUCACAUAAAUACUAUUUUAUUCGUAAUUGAUCUGUCAAUCUCGAAUACAUACAUUAACUGAAAAUAUCGUUUAUUGUAUAACCUGCGACUGUGUGAUUAUGCGGUUUGUCGGAGUAAAAUCUGGUCUAUAUAUCUAAUAUGUUUAUUUUUACAUUGCUAAUACGGCAUUGUUUGACAGUUAAGCGUAAGCACUUAAGUGAUUUAAACAUACUAAAUGAAGAGAAUUUUAUUUUUCUUCUGUUGUAAUAUAAAUAGUGCUGCCAUACUUGGCGAGGUCCUUAUCGAAUCCAAAUUGCCAUUACAUUUGUUGUCAACGAAAGCAAUUAGACGGGAAUUUUUGAAAGAUGUGCAAACUUAUAUAAACUAAAAUAUCGGCAAAUUACGUUAAGUUAUUAUUUUAUUCAGUCUAUUGCUGUUUUCGUUUCGGUGAUGCAAUAGUCUAAUUUGAGUACAUAACAAUACAAAAAUAUAAGUUCAAUAUGGCCGCACUGAGUCUUCACGUUGCUCUUAAAAUUGUAGCAAUUACUUUUCAGAAAAUAGUGUAUUGUUUGGAGCUUUUAUAAGUUAAUCGGGUUUUAUUUUAGCGGGUUGUGUUAUGUGGCUAAUUAACAGUUCCUGUUUUAAGUGUGUAUCAUCAGAAAUUUACUCACGAAGAGAUGCUUCUGAUCAGAGAUGAUGUCAACACAGCUUGUAAAAUAGCCGAUUUACCCACAUACACUUGUUUUGAAUAAGCGGCAUGCCAGUUCUACAAACAUUUAAUUUGUCUUUCCGAAUGCCUAAUACGCAAAGAAAUCCUCGCUAUUCCGCUCACGCUAACUACCGAUUGCCGAAGCGCCCUAUUGUUUUUGAACACUGUUUCAGUGUAUUUUCUUUUAUAACACGAAAGUAAUUCAUAACGAAAAGUAAUUCAGAUUUUACUUUCAUUCAAACCACUGCGACCGUUUUAUGCUAAUUUUAUUUUGAUAAUCUUAAUAGAAAGGAAAGAAAUAAAGAGAAGGGCUUGCACACCGUUGUAUUUAUUGCUAUGCA